AAAUGAAUAUGAAGAUGGAUAAUUUAUUCACCUCUCCGAAGUUCAACAAGGAAAUUUUCAUUAAUGAGAAAGUUACUUGUACAGUCGACAUCAACAUAGAUUUCGAUAAAGUUUGCGUUAAGGAUAUAACAGAAAAAAAUGAUUUCAAAGCUAGUAUCAUCUCUCGUCUAUCCAGAUUUCCGGAAGAAAGUCUAGAUCUUCGCUCUAAAGUAUGUAAACUGUCCAACAGACUUCUGAGCGAGCUGGUAGACGAAAGCGUAUCCGUUAAAACAUUUUUCGAAAAUAAAGACGUCGCAGGGUGUACGAAGUUCAUCAAAAAUGGUUCAGUAACCGAAAAAAAAGUUUUACAACAAAAGAUAUCUGACAUAUUGAAUUUAUUCAAAAAUGAUACUGAUAUUUACAAGUUGUCACACUUAUCCAAUACUCACACUCUACAGGAGGUGGAGGUUUCAGUACCUUUCGAAGAGGGAGACGAAGAGGAUGAUGAAGAGGAUAUUGAAAAGAGUGACGACGCAAUAUUUUGCGACAUUAUGUUCACUAAAUGUACCCAUUUGUGUCUCUUGAUCAGAAAGCCCGAAGUGACUAUAAUUCCAGAUGACAUCAGCAAGCAAAUAUCCAUUCAUCCAUUUUCGAUUCUGAGUCAUGAGGAUAUAAUCAAGAAAAUUCUAGAUUUGGUGGAGUUCCAACAGAUUGAUUUGAGCAGUUACUCCCAGCUGGAAAACAAAUACAUAUCCCCAUUCACUAGGCAUCAGCUCAAAGGAGUGUACAUAUUCAACAGUGGAACUGACGAUGUGAACUUUGAAUUGGUUAGGAAGAACAACAACAGAGUUAUCUCCGUUAUUUUUGGUCCUGGUAACAAACUCCCAGGAAACAAAGCUGUCUGGAAUGUUCUCUUCCUUUACAUUCUCAUGAAGCAUCACCCCAAAUGGAAGAUCGAAUCAGAAAUAUUGAAGAGAGAGAUAAUAUACAUAUCAGAGAAUACAAAAUCUUUCCUAACUCUAUCCCCCCUGCUGGACCCUAACAUAAUAGAUCAACUCAACGUUUGUCUGUGGUACAUUGUAAAUGUAUCCCACAAAGUGUCUCCAAACUCCUCGAAGAAUAUAUUGAGAGAAAUGGGGGCAAGUUCACAGAGCUUUCUUGACUUUUAUUCCGAAGUAUUCGACACAGUCAAUGAAGAAAUAUAUACCGCAAAUAAAUCCUGGCUCGCCUGGAAUUAUAUGGUGCAGAAUAAAUCGGACAGACGGAAGUUCAAAGGCGAAGUCCUGGCUCAAUACCAGAACCAUAAAGAAAUCAAUGGGUCGCUGGUGUUUUUCUCUGGUCCUUGUGAGAAAAGGUAUGAGUCAUUUUUGGAUACUUUACCCGUUGAAAAAGUUUUGGGACUGUACAGUAUUUUGUCUGAUAGUUCAGGAAAAUUUGACAAAAUCGACCAUGCACCAGACAUACCUCCUGAUGUCAAGAUUGUUAAUAUUCCUGAGGACGAUUCUGCAAAACACGUUUUGAUAUGUUUGAAGACUUGCCAGCCUACUAUAAUUUGUCCUGUGACUGGAAAACACUGGAAAGAAUGUGCGGGGAACUACAGCGUACAAGACGCCUCGUAUUUCAGAGCUUUCAAGGAUUAUUGCAACAAGGGAAUGAAGUAUCCCAGAAACGAGUUCGAUUUGAUCACUUAUCACAGUGACAAACAUUAUAAUAGAUGUUCAGAGUUUUUGAUUUAUCCCUCUGAUAUACUGAAAUACUUUGCAUUGGUAUUCCAAAAAUUUGAGAACAUUAUGAAAACUUAUCCUGUUGAAGAGUAUCUGAAAAUAUCGAAUACAAACAACUCUGAAGUGGAUCGUCUAGUCACUGAAGAUGUUUGUGAUUUUGAGUCCUGUAAUCAUCCACGAAAUACACCCUGAAUAGCUCUAUUGGGCAUAUCAAACACAUAGAAAUUAUUCAAAGGAAAAAGGAAAGUCUGAGUUCACAUUGAUAUUUUAUUCGAAUGUAUUAAUUGUACGGGACACAGAUUCGCCAUACUCGUCCAGAUGUUCUUCGAUGUUCGUCAAUUCAGAGUUUCUCUUCAACUCGAUUUACACUAAUUUCAGAUACUCAUAUAUUCAUUAUUGGAUGUUUUUCACCUACAUCGUUUUUCAAAUGUUGUUUGUAUUUAAUAAUUUACUAUCUAAUUCAAUUCAAAUGUCACUUCUUUUCAAUAUAUUUUUGUUAGUCAA